AUGAGGGAGGCCAGGGUUGAGGAUUUGAUUGACCAUAAACAAGGAUCUAUGACGGUCAGGGAGUAUUCCCUGAAUUUUUUGAAACUAUCAAGGUAUGCUACUUCUCUUGUGUCUAACAGCAGAGACGAGAUGAGUAGAUUGUUGACAGGAAUUGCACAGGAUCUCGAAGAGGAAUGUAGGGAAGCUAUGCUGCAUGACAUCAUGGUUUCCAGGCUUAUGGUCCAUGUCCAGCAAGUUGAGGAAAGCCGAAAGAGGAAACACACUAGGGUAGGGAACAAGUCAAGGCAAGCUGAGGAGAAUUUUUUGGGGAAGAGUAGUACAGAAAUCAGGGAAAAGCCCAGGUUUAAGAAGGGACUCUUCCACCAAGGGGAGUUAAGUUCAUCCAAGGGUCGCCAUGAUAGGAAUUCUGAGUUCAGAGUUAAGAGAAACAAUGAAGUAGAUACAUCUCAGGAGAGACCACCUUGCAGAAAGUGUGGCAAACUACAUGGAGGAGAGUGUAUGAGGGGCACUAAUGCUUGCUAUAGUUGUGGAAAACCGGUUCACAUGUAUGAGGUUAGACUUCCUACUCGUAAGGCUUUAGUUCCUUAUCUCUUCGUAUUUGUUUCUAUUGGUUAA